GUGCCCAACGUCUCCGAAAUGAAUCAUCCGGCUGUGUGGAUAUAAGGCCUUUAAAGCCGACUCUCCAUCUACGUUAUCGAUAUACGAAUUAUAAAUCUCAGUGUCGUUGUGCGUCACUUGGGCUUGUGUACUUUCCCCUUUCCAACUCUCGCCUACUAGGUCUCGUUGAACCCCUAUUCACAAUGGAGUCGAUACCUCAGCCUGUCCAGAGCACGAAGCCCAACUUAACCCUUGCUGAUGUCGACAUACAACCUUAUGAGCCUGAAAAGGGGCUUCUUGAUAGCAGUCCUAUAAGCUCCUCCGAUGAAGUCAUCGUUGACUGGGAAGGCCCCGAUGACCCAGCGAACCCCUUAAAUUGGUCUUCCACCCGUAAAACCUUCAUCAUCACUCUUGUGUCCGCCGUUACGUUUAACAUCUCUCUCGUGCCUACCAUAUUUGCCCCUGGCGUCCCGCUGCUGCUCCGUGAGUUUCACAGCGAUAGCACUGCGCUCGCAAGUUUCCUGGUGUCGGCGUACGUAAUACCUUUCGCGAUCAGCCCGCUGGUAGUCGCGCCGUUGAGCGAGCUUUACGGUCGAAAUGUUGUCAUGAACACGGCGAAUUUCGCAUUUCUGGUUUUCACCAUCGUUUGUGCUAUCAGCAAUAGCAUUCCGCUGUUCCUCGUCUUCAGAGUAUUGCAAGGCGGAGCGGCUUGCGUGCCAUUGGUGCUCGGCGGGGGCAUGAUUGGUGACCUCGUUGUGGCAGAGAAAAGGGGGCGAGCUUUGAGUGGCUGGCAACUUGGCCCCUUGUUGGGACCUGUUAUUGGGCCGGUAGCGGGAGGCUACAUUGCCCAAAACGUGGGAUGGCGUUGGCUGUUUUGGCUCGUAGCAAUCUUGAGCGGCGUUUUAACAGUGUUGUACCUGCUAAUACCUGAGACGUAUCAUUCAACACUGCUGGCACGGAAAGCAGCGCGCCUACAAAAGGCAGAUGGGAGUAGGACUUAUAUCGCGGCGGGUUCUACGAGGAGUACUCCCAGAGAACUGCUUCGAAAGUCGAUAGUACGCCCAUUGAAGAUGCUGUGCAAAUCACCGAUCGUUCUGAUCCUGUCAUUGCAGCUGGCAGUCGGCUAUGGCUAUUUAUAUCUCCUCUUCACGACAUUCAUAUUCGUCUUCGAAGGCCAGUAUCACUUCAAUGCGGGCGCGGCAGGGCUAUCUUACCUUGGACUGGGCGUGGGCUUUCUGAUCGGGCUUCUUGCCAAUGGUUUUUCGUCAGAUUACCUCGCGAAGAGGGAAGCGAAAGGUGGCGAAAUUAAACCGGAGAGUAGACUCGCUCCUCUGCUCAUCGGCUCAUUGUUGAUUCCCGCUGGACUGAUCUGGUAUGGCUGGACUGCCGAGUUCCGUAUUCAUUGGAUAGUGCCUAUUAUAGGGACCUCGCUCAUUGGGAUAGGUGUGAAUCUUAUUUGGGUGCCUAUUCAGUCAUACCUUAUCGACGCCUUUACGAUCUACGCUGCCAGUGCGAUUGCGGCAAACACUGUCGUCAGGUCCGUUUUCGGCGUUGUUCUCCCUUUGGCAGGCCAGCCACUUUACGACAAGUUAGGUUUAGGUUGGGGAAACACCUUGUUGGCAUUCAUUGCUUUGGCCACUGCGCCCCUGACUUGGCUUAUAAUGAAGUACGGCGAGCGCAUCCGAUUAGACCCACGUUUUCAACUAGAUCUUUAGAACUGGUUUCACACGAUACGGGAACAUGAUAUAAGGAUAGAAUAUCCUUCCAAGGACUAUGAUGAAUUAUGACUGACGCUAGCAUGAUAA